UUGUGUGUUGGCAACCUGCCACGGGUGGAGGGGUGGGGGGAGAGAAAGAAAAAAAGAAAGAGCGCGAGCACGUGUUCCUGUUCUUUGCGUGAGUGCGUGCGCGCGUGUGUUUACUGGAAGAGCCCUCUGCGCGGAGGAGGCGGGGCCUUACGGCUUCACUCACUGGAACAACCUCCAGUAACCUUCCUCCACACACGGACCCGACUCCUCCGGAGCGCCGCCGCAUUCCUCCGCUCAGGACCCGAGCCCCUACACCCUUUCAUCGGAUAUUUCAUCUCCUUCUCUUUGCAUUUUAAUGCCUGAGUUAAUCAUUCAUCUGGCACUACUCUCGGGUAGUUUGCAUUUGUUCUGCUUUGGCGACGAGCGGCUGCGGCGCGGGGUCGAACAAAUCCGCAAGCUGUGUUUAGGUGCUCUCUCCCAGCCCCUCUCUGGAUGCAUCAGACUCCUCUACCCCGGGGCCCUGGACCCGGUGUGUGACCCAGCCGCCCUCGCCCCUCUCGCCCUCCUGUUCCUCUCCCUCUGCCCCGGACUCACUUCCACCUGUCUGCCUCGGCACUCCCGUCCUGGGCCCCCUGCCUCUCGACCAGCAGGCGGAGGCAGGGGGCCAUGGCGCCAUGGUAGCCCUCGGCGGACGCUACCCUCUCGCCAUGAGCGGUGUGCCCCCUCCAGUGGGCCGAGUUCAGGGGUCCAACUUUACCCCACAUCACUACAAGCCCUUCAGCUCACACGCACACUACCAACAGGUAAUGCGUGCUUUGCAUAAGCUCCAGGAGAGUGGGUUUUACUGGGGGGCCGUUGGAGGACGAGAGGCCAGCUCCCUGCUGCGCUCGGAAUCACCCGGCACUUUCCUGAUCCGGGACUCCUCGGACCACCACCAUUUCUUCACCCUGUCUGUGCAGACGGCUCGAGGAACCAAGAACCUGAGAAUCCACAGCGAGGGAGGUGGAUUCUUCUUACAGCCGGACCCCCAAAACACCCAAGUGCCACCGCAGUUCGAUUGCGUGCUGAAACUCAUAGCGCACUACAUGGGGAAAGGGCUGGACGCUGGAAGGAGCAGAGAUGGGGCAUGUGGGGGCAACUCAGAAGAAAUUAAAGGCUGCAACGUUUAUCUGAUUCACACUGGCGGAGAGAGGAUCCCCCUGGAGUUGCGGCGACCCCUCUCGACCUCUCUCUCGUCUUUGCAGCACAUGUGCAGGAGGACCUUGAACAACCAAGGCCUGGGGUCGGAGCGAGCCGAGCAGCUCCCGCACACACUUAGAGACUUCCUGGAGGAGUAUGAUGCUCCUAUAUGACUGACAGGAACGGCACAGCCUCCACCAGAGACUGACCAGAUUUAGCCUUAGAUGCCAAUGUGAGGUUAGUUUCUCAUUGUAGCCAGAAUCAGCUUAUCCCAGAUGUGUCUCAACACUGACGGGAAAGCGACUGACCUGGGGUCUGGAAUGAGGAGUGCAAUUUGGGUUAACCAAUGAUUACCUCGUCCAUCCCACAUUGCAAAAACUGACCGCUACCAAUGUGAGUGGCAGACGAAGCCCAGGGUCAAAGGUCAGAGUUUUCCUAUGACUGCCUCGGACGCAGAGCAGAGCCUCAUAGAAGAUUAACCCAAAUGGUCGAUAAUGAUGACAGUGGCAGCAUGAUCAAUACAGCACCGGUGAUCCCCGCGGGUUCGCUGAAACCUCUCGUCUCCCCCGCUCAGCCUGACAUUUACAACACUUUGGAUCACUGGAGAGAAAGAAAGGAGGCGCAGUAGAGGGAGGGGGUGAAGAACGGACGAGUUUCAGAGGAAAGGCAAAGUUCAAACAAGGGACUCAAAGCAGAGGACUUAAAGUAUUUGUUUGCCUGACUGUGGGUGUAUUUGUGUGUUGUGGUGGCGCACACAUUUCCAUUGCUGCUUCCCGCAAAUGUUGCCUCAUUGAGGGGAGAGAGGCAGUCACUCAUGCCAGCUCCACACACACACUCACACACACACACACACACACACAUCCACACUCACACAGGUACAGGCUUUGUUCACGUGGGAACAAAAAGAUGAAAGCCCAUUACAAAGCAUCUUCUCUCCCAUCUCCUGUUUGUAG